AUGGUGGUGGUUGUACUCGACAAUGGUGCUGGUAGCGCUAAAAUAGGGUUUUCUACUGCGAAAGAGCCAAAAAUUAUUCCUAACUGUGUUUCUAAAGCCAAAAAUGUGCGUACAAGGAUUUUCAUUGGUGACCAGAUUGAUGAGUGCAAAGACCUCUCUGGGCUGUAUUAUCUACUCCCGUUUCAAAAGGGAUACAUGGUUAACUGGGAAAUUGAAAAACAAGUUUGGGAUUAUAUGUUUGGCAAGGAAAACUUGAAGGUAGACUUCAGCGAAAGUAGCAUCAUUCUUACCGAGCCAUAUUUUAAUUUCCAAUCUAUCCAGGAGGGAAUGAAUGAAAUCUUAUUUGAAGAAUAUGGGUUUCAGUCAGCAUUUAGAACUAACCCUGCAUAUUUAAGCCAGUACAAGCUUCAGAAGGACACGGGGGACAGUCAACUAUGUGCCCUGAUUCUUGACACUGGCUAUUCCUUCUCCCAUAUAGUUCCCUAUUGUAAAGGCGAAAAAUUAAAAGAGUCAGUUGUAAGGGUGAAUGUUGGUGGCAAAGUGUUGACCAAUCAUUUAAAAGAGAUAAUAUCAUACAGACAGCUGAUGGUGAUGGACGAGACAUAUGUUAUAAACCAACUAAAGGAGGAUGUCUCCUAUGUCUCCACACAGUUUAAUACAGACAUGCUCACCUCAAGAAAGAAGGGUGCAGAAAACACAGUGAUGAGAGACUAUGUGUUGCCUGAUUACACUCAUAUAACAAGGGGUUAUGUAAGACCGAGGGAGGAGACCACAGGCAAAGCCAAGGGAAAUGAACAGAUCAUCAGAAUGAACAAUGAGCGCUUCUCUGUCCCAGAACUCUUAUUUCAUCCCUCGGACGUCGGGGUUCAUGAAAAGGGCAUUACUGAGGCUCUCGUACACUCAGUCAGCACUACACCAGAAGAGAUGCACCCACAUCUAUACCGCAACAUUCUCACUACGGGAGGAAACUGUCUAUUCCCUGGAUUUGAUCAACGAUUCUACACAGAUGUAAGAAGUAUGGCACCAGAUGAAUUUGACAUUUCCGUUACUGCUCCAAAAAAUCCCAUCAGCUACGCAUGGGAAGGUGGUGUUCAACUAGCCAAUGACCCAGCCUUCAGGAAGCUUGCAGUUACUCGAGCCGAGUAUGAAGAACACGGACAUAAUAUCUGUAUGGAGCGAUUUGAUGUCUGAAGUACUGAACUAUUGUGCAACUUGGAUUUUUGUGGUUAUCAAGUGGGCGAGGGCCUUUGCAUCUGUAUUAAAGAUUCAAUGCUGGGCAGGGUUAUAUGGGAAUAACAAACAUAUUCAUUAUGAAUUAUGAAUGGAAAGCUUCCAUGAUUUAACUCCAGGCUGGGACAUGAUUUGUAACUUGGUACUCAACGAGGUUGGAGUAUGACAAACAUAUUAUCCUUAUAGAGCGCUUCAAGGUUCGAACCGGUGUCGGGAUUUGGGAAAUUGACAAAGAAAGUGCAAAUGCCAAAUUAAAUGUUGUGUUAAAAUAUCUGUCGGCCAGUCAGUGACCAAGGACACAGGAUUUAUGCAUGAGCCAUCAAAUGAUAUGGCAUAUCAGCAUAUGUUAAAUAGUUUCCAAGAUGUUGAUCUGUUAUAAUUGUAUUAUUCAAUAGAGGAUUUGGCGUUGAUUUGACAAAUCAGUUAUGAGUUCAGGAAAAGGAAAUUCCAUCUGUAUUGAGAGUUGUUGCAUUUGAACUAGUGACUGCCACUCAGAUUUGUGACAUUUCAGCCAACAAAUUUUGAUUUUGUGAGGAUGCAAUGAACAUAAACAGUACAUUUAGUUUGCAAAAGGAGUUGGAAAUUUGUACAAAGGUCACAGCGUUGUUUGGAGAGGUCAGAAUUGUCAGAACACACACAUAUGAAGCAUUUGUUGUCUGUAAUUUUGACAGACAUGGAAAAUACAUGUAUGUAAGAGAAGGAAAAAAUAAAUGUUUUGCUUGUAAAUGUU